GUUUCCAUUUUGCUAAUUCAUCUUACCAAAGUAGCCCUACCUUUGGACCAUUUCAAAUUUUUUUUUUUUUUAUAUUAUCCCCUUUUGCGUCCCAUCGAGUCGUAAAAGGGAAAACACAGAGAGAGGAGGAACCACUUUUGGAAGGGAACAAAUCCCCCAUAGAGUUAUUCCCCCUAUUUGGAGAUCCCCCACAGAAUUAGAACCCUCUCCCCCGUGAUUUUUCCGCAUAAUGAAAAGCUCCCCCUGGUGCUCAUAAGCCAGAAAAAGGAGAGCGGACCAAGCAGAGGGAGAGCGAAGCAUAGAGAAGUGUCCUUCAGAGAGACACCCAAGUGCAGCAUUUCUCGAAAUAAAGAUGCCCCAAUUGGUGCCCGUUUACAAUCAGGAAAAGUCGCUGAAGGAGCAGGAUGAUAAGGAGCUAAUAAAGCAUCGAAAUUGGGACUUUGCCCACUCAUUGGUGAAACUGAAAAAGGACGCCGCGGAAAAAGGCGAUGCGCAUGAUGGCAGUGACCACCUGAGAAAAAGCAACAACCUUAUGAAAAACGAAAAAGGACUAUGGGUCCCAAAAAAGGGUUUAUCAGGUGAAGAUAAAACCAAGAAUGAUAAAAAAAGAGAAAAAAAAGGAGAAUCUGGAAAUAAAAAAAAAGAGCAUGUUCGUAAGAAGCGCAACAAAUCGAGUAGUCAAUCCUCCUCCGAUGAUUCGAGGGUGUCCAAAUCGCCACCCCCUUCGCGUGAAUCUUCCCAAAAGAAAAGACGAAGGAAACGAUCCGCCAGUUCAACGCCCAUCAGAAGGGGCGCCAGCAGGGAUUCUUCGAGGGCCCGUUCACGGGAAAGCUCCGAUACGAGGCAAACUGCAGGUUCGAGGCUGAGUGCACGCACGAAUAGGACGAGUUCCCGCGAAAGUGGCACCAAGAGGUCCAGCAAAAGGAAGGGAGGGGAAAAAGAAAAAAAAAAAACUCACAAAAGAAGUAAAAGGGGGCACAGGGGUGAUGAUGAUGAUAAUAGUGAUAGUGAUGACCAUGAUGAUGGCCGAGGCAGGAAGCACAAAAAAGAGGCAAAGAAGCACCGCACAGAGGGGAAAAAAAAAAAAAAAUCAAAAGGGGAUAGCAACAGUAGUGAAGAAGACAACCCUAGCGAAGAAGACGACACACAUGAUGCCCACAAGGGUGGGGAAAGUACCAAUUUAACAGAGAAAAAAAACAGCCAUGAACACAGUGACGUUGACGCAAACGAAAAGGAAUCGAUUUCCUCCGAUAGCGACCUGAGCAAACUUCAAUACGUAGACGUAUCUGAGAAGGUAAAAAGAAGUAGCAAUAAAUAUGAGGGGAGAGGCGCGGAGGAAAGCCAAAGUGAUGAUGGGAAUCGGGAGCGUAAAGGGGAUAAGCGAGUGAACAGGUGGGAGAACAGACGUGAUCGUAUGCACCAUCGUGGGCAUAGCAACGAUAGCAGGAAGGGGCGAGGCUGGGAAGGAGGCAGAAGUGGAAGACACGAAUCUCAGAGGUAUCACCACAGAAAAGAUGACGACGAAGGGGGAGAAGGGUCCCCACACGAUCGAAGGGAUAGAAGGGAGAGAAGUGAUAGAAGUGAUCGAAGGAGUUACAGACAUAUGGACAGGCAUAGAGACAGGGACUGGGAUCGUGAUGGAGAAAGGAAAAGGAAAGAAUUGAAUUUUUCUGACCAGGAGGAUGAAGCCAAUUAUAACCACAACAGGAGAUAUCACAGAAGACACUAUGGCCACCCCGAUGAUGCAAAUGAUGAAGGAUACCAUCACGGGCAGAAUAGCCGUUUCAACGACUGGGAUCGACAUGGAUGGUCGGACAACAGAAGAGGACGCUACAGAAGGACGCAACUAAGAGACAACUGCCACUAUGAAACGGUUGAGGAAAUGAAAAGUAAAAUUAUCCCCCAUUUGGACCAAAGUGAGGGCAAAGUGGAAGGCAAAGCGGAAGAUACAAAUGAUCAACGAGGUGAUGGAAAAACGGAAAAGACCAAAUUAGAAAACGCGGAAACGUCCGACAGCGAUGAGGAUGAAAUGUUGAAGACCAAGACAGUGGAAGAAAUUGAUAGGAAGCUUAAGGAAAAGCUCGAGGAGGAGAAAAUUAUGGAAUCGCUGGGGCUGCCGCUAGGGUUUGUGUAA